UACCGUAUAUACAUAUAUCUUUUCACGACUUUUUGUUCACACUUCAUAUGAUUAACUUGAGCUGAUAUUUAUAAAUUUUUUAACAUUUUUCCAGUCCGCGACAAGUAGAUUUUUAUUUGAGUGUCACAGUCUGUCUAUAAAUAAUGAUAAUAUUUUAAUUUUGCUUUCCAUUUAAUUUGUAUCGUUGCGUGUCACCGAUUUAUGUCGACUCUGCCUCUCUGCCUCGGCUGAGAUUGUGAAUUAAUUAGUAAAAUGAAGGAGAAAAAAAGGAUAGACGAAUCAUCGAGAAACGAAAAAUCUCUAUUUUUCUAUUUUAGUUUUUUGACGAUUGAUCGUCUAUUUUUUCCUUUUUCCUGAUCAUUUUGCCAAACGAGUACGUACGUAUAAUGACGUUUAUUUGACGUUUGAUCACGUUUUAUUACAAAACAACAAAAAUAUAUAAGCGAAUAAUAAACAAAUAAUCUUUAAUUUUUUCAUGCGUUAGAAAAUCGAUGGCAUAAGGUAUAAUUUAAUAUAAAAUAAUGAAAGAAUAAAAUUGAAUCGCUAAAUAGCGCUCCCUUGACGCGUACGGCUUGUGUAUAUAUAUUAUUAGUCUUUUUUAACUGUAGGCGAACGUAAUUCUCGUAAUAAACGAGCGCAAGUCGGCCGCAAAGUUCGGCCCAAGUUUUUACAAAGCCCGAAUCCCGAUUCCCACGCUCGUUCUUUUUAUUUUACGAAGGUGCGAAGAUACCGCGGCGCAAAAUUAUACCGCGCGCGCGAGCGUGAUUCUGAUACGAUCUACUAUUGUAAUUAUUGCGCGAUUCUAAUUAUUAUCGUUGCCCUCAAGGAAUAAAUAAGAAUGCGGAACAACGAUGCAUAUAAUUGACUGUCGCAGUUUAAAAUCGCUGCCGAGCUCGAAUGCGCAACAUCUACAACGCAUAAACUGCUGAUUACGUACGCGUUUCUCGCCAUUGAUCAUCGUCUGCUGGUUAACCGGAUUUUAUGCCAGAUUAAUCGCACGUUCGGCACGUGCAAUUGGCGUAAUCAUUGCAUGCAGUGUGCCUGGAAUUUGCUCUAUAAAAUUCCAUUCAAAAUUAUCCACAUGGAAUACAUUUUUCAGGCAUAUAUUAAACAAAAUAAUUGAUAUCGCAUUGAGUUUGCAUAAACCUGGCAUUUUGGAAAUGCAAUACGUUAAAUUAAACUAAGCGACACAAGCGAGAGUAUGAUUUGAUUCGAGUUGACUCUCAAUCAGUUGAAUCACACUCAUGUCAAAACAGGCAUACUUAUAGGUUAACGCAGGCACUGCAGGCCGCGGUCCCGCGCGGAUACGAACGAUCGAGCUCGGCCAGCGGCGUGGCUAGAGUGAAGUGCAGCUGACCGCGUAACGCGUUCGUGGUUCGCGCCACGGCGCGCGAUCGCGAUACAUCGUGAGCUGUGUCGCGACUGCGUUAAUAACAGGUUAUGUCAUAUAAUAAAUUGAAUUUUUAAAAAUAAUGGAUCAACACGCUUAUCUCUGAAAUAAUGGGAGUAUAUGGCUUGUGGAAAUUGCUCGAGCCAUCCGGAAAGCCAGUAUCCUUGGAGAGUCUCGAGGGUAAAGUCUUGGCGAUCGAUAUAUCAAUAUGGAUGUAUCAAAUGUUGCAAGGAUAUCAGGAUAGUCAUGGUGCUCCUAGACCCAACGCACAUUUGCUUGGAUUAUUCACUAGGAUAUGUAAACUUUUAUAUUAUAAGAUCAAGCCCAUUUUUGUCUUUGAUGGAGGUGUACCCAUGCUCAAGAAAAAUACAAUUGCCUUGCGCAGGAAGCAGAAAUCUAUUGCCACGAGUAAGGCGCAGAAAAUAAAGGUGGAUUUGAUAAACAACUUGAUAAAGCACAGAGUUGUAAAAACCGUUCUUAACAAAGAUUCCAAGAAUCAAAAUAGUGAGACGAUACAAACAGGGAUAAAUAUGCACACCAAACAUUCUAAUGAAGAUAUGUUUGUUCUGUCUGAUAUUCCUAGCGUCAGCAGCUCGCAGCAGAGUUAUGUCGAUGACGAUUCAUAUCAACACGAUUCUGACACUCUUGUCGAAUUAAGUCCACGAAAGCAAUCUAAAUGGACAGGAAAUAUACACAGUGUCGAUGUAACUAGUAGCGAAUUUAAAGCAUUACCUGCAGAUGUUCGUUACGAUAUACUUACUGAUCUUAAAGAAACGAGAAAACAAAAUUCCUGGGGUCGUUUGCAUGAAAUGCCUCAAGAAUCGCAAGACUUCUCAGGCUUUCAGUUGAAACGUUUGCUUAAACGUAGACAUGUGCAAGCAUCUUUAGAAUCCGCUGAAAAGGAAAUGGGUGGAAAGACACUAACAUUGGAAGAAUUGGACAAGCUACUAACUGAACAAGGCGUUGAUACAAAGAGCAGAGACACGGCUUUUCGAAUAGCCGCGGAUAAUACAACCAGAUUGAUUUAUAUCAAUGACAAAAACACAUUAGCAAAAAAAUCCGUUGCGAACGAAUCAGAGGCGGAUAAAACGUUACAGGAUGCAAAUGAACAAGUUGAAUCUGUGGCUGGCCCAAGUAAUCCUGUGUCAAUCAUGGAAAAUAUUAACGAACAUGAAUUAAACUACGAUUCUGAUAGUGAGACCGAUAUAUCAGUUUAUGAUGAUGAUAAUGAUGAUGCUCUACCUAUCGCAGAAAACAUCAAUGAAUACACAUUUGACAGCGAUUGGGAAUCUGAAAAUGAUAUAAACGAAUCAUUGGCAUUAUUGGGGAAAAGCGUUACGAAUCCUGCAUUAACAUACAUGGUAGAACAUAGCGGUUUGUCUCAAAAUCAGAUCAUGCAUCUUAUUAAACGUAAUAAGGACGAAAGUCACAAGAUUGCAAGUAAACGCAUAAAAGAAGAUAUUUGUGUAGAAUCGGCACAAGUCACGACGAAGCCGUGUAGUUCAAUGGAUGAUGAAUCAAUAUUAAAAUUUUCUGAAAAUUGCCAGCAAGUGUCGAAAUUCGUAGAAUCGCGGAGUAUGAAAGAUGCACGCAUGUCUAAAGAGAAUAUGGCCGAUGAAUUAAUUCCGUUUAGUCAAGAAUCAGACAAUUUCACUCGAGUGAAACAAUUAAAGAAUAAUACUAAGACUUCACUAAAUAUCACUGAUGUUACAUCUGAUAUCUCAAGUUUGGAUAAAAAAAGAAUAUUUGACGAACGUUCUCCUGCUACGAAAUCUAAUGAUAUAAUACAAAUAGAUCUAGCGUCUGAUUCCGAUUCCGACGAUUUUAUCGAAAUCCAAGAUGUUCCGACACAUGAUAUGAAUAUUUCAAGAAAUGUUACAAAGAAAAAAGAUAUCGAGAUAACUUUCAAGUCCGAUAAAAAACUAGAGGACGAUCUAUUUGCCGAUAUAUUUUUGGAAGUGAAUAAAGAAGAAGUUGUUCCGGAAGAACAAGAACAAUCUGUUGAUACGAUAAACGGUGAAUAUCAAACACAAUUAAUUUCUGAAAACAGUAAUAAUUUGGAAGAUAGUUUCUUAGACACAAUAUCUGAGGAAUCGAUCGAAGAAAAAGAAAAAACGGAAAUCGAAUUGCUAGAAUCAGCAUUUCAGUUAGGCAAGAAUAUAUCGAAUGACAAAGACAAAAUAUAUGACCUCGACAACUCGAAUAAAUCGAUGAAAGGAGAUAAUACAGACACGUCUACUCAAGAUGAUUCUCUUCAUGAAUGUAUACAGGAAAAGCCAAAAGUGUUACCUAUUGCUAAAGAAGAUUUGAUAGAAUUGAAAGAACAAUUAGAGGAUGAACAGCAAGAACUCGCAAGAGAUAUUGGCAAACUCGAGAGACAAGCUACCAAUAUUUCUGAGCAAAUUAAAACCGACGCACAGGAGCUCUUACGUUUGUUCGGCAUACCAUAUAUAAUAGCUCCCAUGGAAGCGGAAGCACAGUGUGCGUAUUUGGAACAAAUUAAACUAACUGAUGGUACAAUUACAGACGAUUCCGAUGUCUGGCUUUUUGGAGGCCGAUGCGUAUACAAGAAUUUUUUCAACCACAACAAGAGAGUGUUACAAUUUCGUGCCUGCGAUAUUCAACAUCAUUUUAAACUCAGUCGCAAUCAAUUGAUACAAUUAGCCCUUUUGGUUGGCAGUGAUUAUACUGCAGGGGUGGCUGGCGUUGGACCAGUUACCGCACUAGAAAUAUUAGCCGCGUUUCCUGCCGAUGGAGAUAACGUAUUACAUGGAUUACAUAAUUUUUGUUCGUGGAUAAAGAAGGGAAUGGUUGCCGCUCCUGGGAAAACAAGCUUACGCAAUAAAUUACGAAGCAUGAAAUUGAACAGAGAUUUCCCAAAUCAAGCGGUUGUCCAAGCGUAUCUCUUUCCCACGGUCGAUGAAUCGAAAGAAACUUUUACCUGGGGUAAGCCGAACCUUGUGCUUCUUUGCGACUAUACCAGACAGAAAUUUGGAUGGACAAAGGGUAAAUUCGACGAUACGAUGAUACCGAUAUUAAGAAGAAUGGAAGAAAAUAAGAAUCAAAAAUUAUUGGAUGCGUACUUCAAAGCGAAAGAGUCUCCGCGCUCGAUCGAACCAAGCUUAAGUAAAAGAGUUCAGAAGGCUUUGCGCAGAUUGAAUAGUGACGGAGAUAUGGAUACGGAUGACAACGUAGAUGGCCGUAAAGAACCUCGACUUAAGAAAAGUAAAAAAGGCAAUCCAAUUGUCCAAAAGUCGAACGAAGAAAAAACAAGUUCAGAACUUGAACUUGCUCAACUUGAUGAGCAAGUACCAACUGAGAGUAGACGGCCUAUUAAAAUAAAUACUAACCCCGAGAGACCUAUUAAGGCUGUUGUUGAAAAAAAAUAUACCAAAGAAUAUAUACCGCAACGAGAGAAAGAUAAGGCGUGUGCGUUGGAAAGGAAAUUGCACGCUAUAGAAAUAUAUAGAAAAUCAAAACGAGGUUUAGAUAAAACGAGAAAAGUAAAAUGCAAAGCACGAAAAGUCAAGGAACAGGCAGAACUAUCGGAAAGCGAUAGCAAUUAGAUCUAAAUUCUAAAUAAAAGAAGAAAAAAACUGUAUGUUUUUAUCACAUGUUCUUCAAAAUGUAUCACUUAUUAUGUAUGAUCUGUGUGUGUGUAUACACCUUUAUCAUAUUGUUAAGUACUUGUCUACAAGUUCUACAAUAGCGAUGUAACUAGGCUAAAUCUCUUGUACAUUUUUUCUCUGUUACAAAAAUUUAAUGAUUACUCGUCAUGUUUAAUUGAUCUUAUCGGUAAUACAUGAUUCUUAUAUAUA